AUGGUUUUGGAGGUUAUUUACGUUGUGCGACAUGGAUAUCGCUCCAACUGGAACGUCGACCCCUCGACUGGCCACUACAACUCCAACAUCCCAUCGCCUACCGGUAUCGUAGCUGAUCCAGCGCUUGCUAGCUAUGGUGUUGCCCAAGCCAGGCAACUCGGCACCCACCUCCUCUCACUUUCCCCUCCCGUCGACAAGAUCUACAGUUCGCCGUUCUACCGCUGCAUCCAAACUCUGCAACCCUUCACGACUGCUCGUCAUGAGCAGAACGCGGGUUCUGGCACUAUCAACGUCGAGCCUGGAGUUGGCGAAUUCUACGGUCUGGCACGCUUCGAUCAUCCAUCCCCUGCCCCGAUUGAGGAACUGAGGAACCACUUUCCGCAUCUGGAGAAGGAUGCUACUCCUUACAUCAUCCCAUCGACCAAGGUGAGAUCACCUAAAGACAUAGCUUGUGUCGAUCGCUACUGCCGCUACAUGCCUUGUGAAAUCCUCACUAACAUUCCCAAGGGCGAGUCGAUCCCACAGCUUCACGACCGUGUUGCAUACUGUCUGGAACAUGUCAUCGAAGCAGCUGACCAGGAUCCCAACGGUCCCAAGGCCAUUCUCAUUUGUACACACGCAGCGGCUAUGAUCGCCAWCGGCCGUGUACUGGUGGGUCGCAUGCCGGAGGACGACACCGCCGAGGACUUCAACUGCUUCACAGCCAGCUUCAGCAAAUUCGUGCGGAGGAAGAAUGGUGUGAAGAGUUCUUUUGCUGAAGUCAAGGGAACUUGGGAUCCUGAGGUCGCCGAGAAGGUCCCUGAUGUGGGAUGGCGAGGUGGCGCGGGUGUUGGUGGCGGAUGGGAAUGCGAGAUCAAUGGAGACUGCUCGUUCCUCGACAAUGGACCGGAGAGAGGCUGGCGGGCAAGGUUACAGGAGGUGCAGUCUAGCGGCCCAACGAACCUGCACCUCAUCUUUUCAGACUACUACAACAAGCUGUGCAAAACGCUCACGUACAUUGUACACAGGCAUUUCACUGGAGAUGAAUCGUUCCUGGACGAUCCGAAUGGAUACGACUACGACCCAGCGAAUUAUGCAGCGGAGUCUAAGGCGGCGGGUGGCAAUGGUGGGAAUGCAAGCAGAACAAAAGACUCACGUCUAUGA